GCGCCGAACCACAGCUGUUCAAUCGGCGCUGGAGGCAGCGGCCGCGAGCCGAGCGCAGCUUGCCGAGGAGUGGGCUGCGCGCGUGUGAGAGAGAGAGUGAGAGAGAGAGAGAGGGUGCUGUUCUUUUUUCCCCUUUCCCCUCCUCUUCCUCCUCCUCCUCCUGCUGCUGCUGCGCUCUCUCCUUCCCGGCCUCCCUCCCAUUUCCCAGCGCGAUCGCAACUCUGCACACAAAAAGCAGCAACUGCAACCAGCCGCCCUUCUCUGCUGAGCAGCAAAGCGAGCGAAAAGUUGCUCCAGGUCGCGAAGGGAAGCCGGACUUACAAACCAGAGACUGAAUCUGAAUCCUUGCAGAUCGCUCGUUCCCCGGUCUCUCCCUGCGAGGGGAAGCAGCGCGCGCACGUACGAACAGCUCCGAAGGAUUUUCCUCCCCCCUGCAUUCUUCCUUUUAAAAAAAAAUCUGCUCUUUUUUUGCCAGCGGGUUUCUGGCAAGCAGGAGAAACUGACAGCUCUCUCUCUCUCCUUGCAUUGCAUCGCCGGCACCGUUAGGGCGAAGGAGAACGAAGAGCCGCGGCCCCUCGAGGGAGAGAGAGUGAGUGAGUGUGUCUCUCUCCGGCUCUGGCUGUCUCCGGGACUUGGCUUGGCUGCGGCGAAGCGGCGGAGAAAGUUUCUUCCGGGCUGGCUGGCAGCGAGGAGGGUUGGAGCGUGGAGUGAGCCGACGAGGCGGUGAGAUCCGUCCUCCUCCUCGUCGUCGCCGUCGUCGCCGUCGUGGUCCCCUCUCCUCUCUCCGGCGGGAGAGGAGGCUCUUCCCCCCGCGGAGCCCAGCGCGAUGGCUGGCGAGCUGAGCAUCGGCCCCGAGCUGCCCACCAGCCCCCUGGCCAUGGAGUACGUCAAUGACUUCGACCUGAUGAAAUUCGACGUGAAGAAGGAGCCCCUGGGCCGAGCCGACCGCUCGGGCCGCCACUGCACGCGCCUGCAGCCCGCCGGCUCGGUGUCGUCCACCCCGAUCAGUACCCCCUGCAGCUCGGUGCCGUCGUCGCCCAGCUUCAGCCCCACCGAACAGAAGACGCACCUGGAGGACCUCUACUGGAUGGCCAACAGCUACCAGCAGAUGAACCCCGAGACGCUCAACCUCACUCCGGAGGACGCGGUGGAAGCCCUCAUCGGGUCCCACCAGGUGCCCCAGCAGCUCCAGGGCUUCGAGAGCUUCCGGGCCGCUGCCGCUCACCACCACCACCAUCACCACCAGCAUCACCAUCACCAGUACACCGGGGUCCCCCACGAAGACCUGUCGGGCAACGGGCACCCUCACCAUCAUCACCACCACCACCCUCACCAUCACCAGGCGUCGCCCACCCCUUCCAACGCCUCCAGCUCCUCCCAGCAGCUCCAGAACACUCACCAGCCUCACCCAUCGUCCUCGUCUUCGUCCUCCUCGUCCUCCAGCAGCGUGGAAGACCGGUUCUCCGACGACCAGCUGGUGUCGAUGUCCGUGCGGGAGCUCAACCGGCACCUGAGGGGCUUCACCAAGGACGAGGUGAUCCGCCUCAAGCAGAAGAGGAGGACCUUGAAGAACAGAGGCUAUGCCCAGUCUUGCAGGUACAAGCGGGUCCAGCAGAAGCAUCACCUGGAGAACGAGAAGACCCAGCUCAUCCAACAGGUGGAACAGCUCAAGCAAGAGGUCAACCGGCUGGCCAGAGAAAGAGACGCCUACAAGCUCAAGUGCGAGAAACUGGCCAGCAAUGGCUUCCGAGAGGCCGGAUCCACCAGUGACAACCCGUCUUCUCCCGAGUUCUUCAUUACCAUGCUGUAAAGCACUGUGCAAGAAAACCUCACAACACACUCUCAACAGCCUCAUGAGGAUGGGGAAACUUGCAGAAGGCCAUCCAGUGAAACCAUUGCUACAUUGGGGAGAGUGUUUUGGAUGAACUUGGCCCAUGGGAUUGCACUAAUUUCCUCUUUACAGCAUGUGGCUAUUAGGACUCUAUUAGUGCCCUGCACAUCAUGGUGACCAAGAACCAGGAGAAGAAGCUAAAUGGAUUGCAAACCUACUUGAAGAGCACGAUGAAAAACCGCUGAAUCAUCAGCCGUGUCUUCCUCACUUUGGAUCCUUCUCCCAUUUUUGGGUUUCUCCACCCCCCCCUCAAAGUACAAUGUUAUUUUCAAGGGCAAGUUCAUUUCAGACUCUGGAUGGGGGUACCUUUUGUAAAUUUCUCCCAUGUUAAAAAAACCCCAAUAAUCAAAUAUUUGCCUCCUCCCCACCAAAAAAGUACAUCAGGGACAAAGAUUGUAGACCAGCCUGCUGCUGGCAGGGCUAGUUUUGUAUGUCCAGAGGUUUCUUUCAUUUUUUUAAAAAAAAGAAUACAAGGGAACAUUGUUUAUAACUGUGAUUCCCCCAUUUGUAUUUGAAGUGGUACACUCCAUUCUACCACCUCAUUACACCACCAUCUCAUUCGGCUAGAUGGGCAGACCAGGCCUUAGGCAAGUUACUUUCUCUCAGACUCAGUGUCUCCCCUCAAUUCUGUAAUAUGGGGAUAAUGCUUGGUUGUUAGGCAGGAUUGCUGAGCUGAUGAAUGUGUAGUGCUUUGAACUCUCUAAGCACUAUAUAAAUGCUAUUAUUAGCACAAAACACAAAGACACAAUGUGCCGUUCCAUCCACUCCAAAAUAUACCUGAUUCACAAUCUCUAAUAAAGGUGAAUCACAGGUAAGAAUUGUGCGUCAUUUAUAAAAUGAAAAGAGCCAGAGUUGAAGCCUGUCUUGAAGCCAGAUUGUAUGACGGGAAUCAACUCUAUUGUUAGAAAGCUUAAUGAUCGUAAUGGUGAAUGGAAGACACUUUGUAUGUGUUUCAGUGUGCUCUUAUCUUGAUUAUUUAUGAAUGUCUAUGAUGCAGGUAUAUGUCCUGACAUUGAAAACAGGUUCUGAAACUAAGCCUGGUGAGUCUUAACUAAAAUAAAACCCAGAAUAAGUGUUAAAUUUCCACUCAGAAGAAGGCUGUGUAGUAAUGUCACCCAGUUCCAUAAUUUAUGAAGCAAUUUGGAUCACACUUAAACAUAGCAGACUUAUCAUCUUGUCUCUGGAAUAGAAUUUAAAGACAUUGUUUAUAAUAAAUCAUUGCAACUCU